UUUUUGUAUUUGAAGGACAUGCACGUGACAGGUGAUUUCUAAAUUUGCUAUUCUCAUCAUUGUGCUGUUUCUUUAAAAAAAAACCACUGAGAGCUGAGCCUGAGCUAGAGGAGGACAAAAGUAAAAGUGUGAUUUAUUACUGAAUGUCACGUUUCUUCAAAAAGGGGAGAAAAUCCAGCAGAGACACGUUAUCCUUCAGUUGAUCUAGCGUAGGUCACGUUCUGGGCUAACAGCGUCUCAUUUUGUGUGGGUCAAGCUGUUACGUUUGGGAUUUCUUUUUUAGGUUCGGCUACAGAAAAGGGAACAAAUUAUAUCUUUGAGAGAGUUUUUUUUAUGCCUGGACACAGCAGCAAAAGUCCAAAGAAAAACCUUGAAAGACCUCCAGAAAGAUCUACUCUGUGAGAUAUCUAAAAGAUUAUGAAACAUCUGGCUGCUUGGAAGCAAAAUAAAACAAAAAAAGAGAGAUUUUUUUUGGCACGGUUCUCUCAGUUGAAGAUUAUUGAGUGGAAGCUUGUUUGAAUGCUCAGUGUGUUCCCAGUAAACCAAACUGUUCUGAUAUUUAACAGCAUCUCAGCUUUGCACCGGCCACUUUUCUUAUUGUUUGUUCAAAAAAUAACCCUCCCGGCGGUCCCGGCCGUCCCGCCUCGCCUCGUCGCCGUCAGCAAGACGAAGCCCCCCGAGUUGAUCGUGGAGGCCUACAGACAAGGGCAGCGCAACUUUGGAGAGAAUUACGUCAACGAGCUCGUGGACAAAGCUUCGGAUCCUUUGAUUUUAGAAUCGUGUCCGGAAAUCAAAUGGCACUUCAUCGGCCAUCUACAGAAGAAUAACGUCAACAAACUUUUGGGGGUUCCCAACCUCUUCCUCGUGGAGACGAUCGACUCAGCCAAGCUGGCGGACAGGGUCAGCAGCUCGUGGCAGCGCCUCCGAGGCUCCAGCAGCCAGAGGUUAAAAAUCAUGGUUCAGGUCAACACCAGCGGAGAGCAGAGCAAACACGGCCUGCCGCCGGAGGAGACAGUCGACACGGUCAAACACAUCAUGUCUCAGUGCACCGCCCUGCACUUCUUAGGACUCAUGACCAUCGGGCGCUACGGCCACGACCUCGCCCUGGGUUCCAACCCGGACUUUCAGAUGCUGCUGAGUCGGAGACAGGAGGUGUGCGACAGUCUGAAGAUCCCCCUGGAGGAGGUGGAGCUCAGCAUGGGCAUGUCCAACGACUUUGAACACGCGAUCGAAAUUGGCGCCACCAACGUCAGAGUAGGCAGCAUCAUCUUCGGCAACAGGGAGUAUCCCAACAGUGCCGCAAACACUCCGAACCCCAGUCCGCUCCCCAGUCCGGCUCCCAGUCCAGAGAAAACCUCCAAGACGGUGUCGGAAGAAGCUGCCAAGAAGAUGAAACACCUCACCGUAUCCGAACACUGAGACGAGGAUAAAAACUAACCUGGAGCCUACCACUGCAAACAACAUCUCCGAAAACCUUAAGGAGAAUUCUCAUGUUGACAACUUUUUGUGUGCCCUUCUUGCUCUUUUGAAGAUUAAAUUGACAUUUGGUUUGAAG